AUGCUUCAAGAGAUCACAAUUAAUACCACUUUUCAUUCUAAUUUCGAUAGCUUGAUCAAAUUCAUUGAUACAAAUUCACAGGAAAUAUUUUUUCUUGUUAUUUCGGGUGUGGAAGCAACAAGUACUACUAUUUUUCAAAAACUUCACGCUCACAAGCAGAUUGAUUCAAUAUUUAUAUUUUGUCUUGAACAACAAACUUAUGAACCACUACUUACAAAUCAACAUCAUUCUAAAAUUGUUGGUAUUUUUAAUACACAAUAUGAGUUAUGUUAUAAUAUUAGAAAGACAUUAGAUCAUGUUAGAAGACACAUUGCUGCGUUUACAUUGUUCAAUCAGAAGCAGCAAUCAAUGCGUAAUUUAACAAAUGAUUCAAUUCGAUUUUUAUGGCAUCAAUUAUUAAAGGAUACUUUAUGGAAAAUGCCCAGAACCAAUGAUUGGAAGAUAAGAAUGAUAGAAAAAUGUCGUGAUUACUAUCGGGGAAAUACGCAUGAAUUAAAACAUAUUGACGAGUUUGAGACACAAUAUCAGUCGUUAGAUGCUGUUAGAUGGUAUACUAAAGACAUGUUUGUUUAUAAACUAAUCAAUCAAGCAUUGAGAACUGAGGAUGUCGACGCAUUAUACAUAUUACGUUAUUACAUUGAAGAUCUGUGUUUAGACUUAAAGAACAAAUAUAAAGAAUUCAAAGAACUUCAAAUUCAACUAGAAAUGCCAAGUGUAACGUUGUAUCGUGGACUACGAUUAGAUCGAAAUCAAUUGUUAAAGUUAAAAGUGAAUGAAGGAAAUUUAAUGUCAACAAAUGGUUUUCUAUCGGUUACUCGCUCUCUUGACGUGGCAAAAUUUUAUGCAGGCUGGGAUGCAUGCUAUCAGUCAACAACAGACAUAACUGAACCGGUUCUGUUUAUUAUUAAUAUAGAUAUCAAUGAGAACAAAAUAAUCGUUGCCGAUAUUGCUGCUGAAAGUAUGAUGCCAGAUGAAUUAGAAGUACUGUUUGAUUUAGGUAGUAUAUUUGAGAUUAAUUCUAUCACAGAAGAUGAUGUACAAAUACCAUCGAAGUGGACUAUUGUGAUGACCGCAUCAAACGAUGGAGACAAAAUAUUAAACGAUUAUAUACUUUUCAAACGUGGAGAUAUGGAAGAGUUUGAUAUCAAUAUUUUAUUCGGUGAAUUUCUAUAUGAUAUGGGUGAAUACCAAAAAGCAGAGAAGUACUUUCAGAAUCUUCUAUCAACGGAAGAUACACCUCAACGUCGUUAUAGUCUUGGCAUGGUUCAUACUCUUAAAGGUGAAUACGAUCGGGCAGUGUAUUAUUUACAAAGCGCAUACAAUCGAUAUGAAGAAAUAUUAUUGCCGAUGGCGUCUGUACCUAAGGAUUUGCUCGACAUCGACGAAGCUCAAAAUAUGCUAUACGAAAUGGCUAGAAUUUCAGUCGCUAUUGCUAAUAUUUAUUUCAAUACGGAUAAUCCUGAUGAAGCACUGAUUAAUUAUACUAAGGCUUUGAAUGUAUAUGAAAUGGUUACAUCUAAUAGUGAUAUUCCACAGAUAGGAAUUUGUUUACAAAAUAUUGGGCUUAUUUAUGAAAAACGAGGUUCUUAUAAUGAAGCUUUAACUAAAUUCCAUCAAACAAAUGAAGUUUAUUCAAAAACAUUGCCCGACAAUCAUCCAGACAAAGCAGGUUUACUACUGAACAUUGGCAACAUACACAAAUUACAAGAUAACAAUGAUUUAGCUAUCAAAUCAUAUAUUAAUGCAUUGGAUAUGUUAAAAAAGAUUUAUCCUGCUAAACAUCUUUUAAUUACUCAAUGUAUGAACAAUAUAGGUCUUGUCCAUAUGUCAAAUCAUCAAUAUGAAGAUGCAUUAACGUGGUUCUUUCAAUGUUUAGAAAACUACAAUGAAUUCGAAUUAUCAACUACACAACAUAUAUUAUACGCGCAUAUUCAUGCCAAUAUUGCAGAAAUUUACGAGAAAAAAGACAAUAUAUGCGAUGCUAUUCGAUACUAUGAGCAAUCACUAAUUAGUUAUGAAACAACCACAAAAAAAGACUGGAUCACCAUGGAAUAUUUUCAUUCGGAUAUUCGAAAUGAAAGGGAAGAAGAAGCAUAUUCUUUAAGUGAUUUAUUUUCUAUACUAGAAACUGUCAAAGAAGUUUAUUCUAGUGAACACCCGCAAGUUGCUUCUUUUUUGCGAACAAUUGGUAAAGCGUUCUUCAGCGAUAAGAAAUACAAAGAUGCUUUAGAAUAUUACGAGCAAUCAUUGAAAAUACUCAACAAAUGUCAUUCAAUUGAACAUUUAGAUGUUGCCGAAUGCUUGAAAGAGAUUUCAUUAAUUUAUCAAAUCGAAGGCGAUUAUUCAAGAGCUUUGGAUUAUGCAAUUAAUAGUUACGAUGUUCUACGAAAAAUAUUAUCAUCUAAACAUCCUGAAAUGAAGAAGAUUUUGGAAAAUAUUAUUCAGAUUUGUAACGAUAGUGGUGAAUCUAGUAAAGCAUCGUUUUAUUCAACAAAAUUAAGACUUUCAUUUGAAAACGAGACCUCAUCAAAUGAUUUUGAUAGCAAUUGUAUGCGAAAAAAACUUUUUUACUUGGUUUACAUGCAGAAAAAAUAUCAAGAGGCUUUAAAUGUGAUUUGUUCUGAGCUAAAUGAAUUUGAAGAUGAGGAAUUAGAAAUAGCAUUGGGACAGAUUUAUCUCAAACUUGGUCAAUUUGACCAAUCUGUAUUACAUUCAAGAAAUGCUCUUAAAUUAUCAUCUAAUGAUCCAAAUAUUGCAAGAUGUUACAUUCAACUUGGUCAUGCUUACAUAUUACAACACGAUAAUACGAAUGCAUUAAUUUCUUACAAAAAUAGCUUAGAAAUUUUGAGACGUUCUACUAUAGAAGAAGAUGAAUUAGCCAAUGUCUUGACCAAUAUUGGCACAAUUUAUUUGGAUCAAGACAAUUAUAAUGAAAGUCUACUACAUUAUUCAGAAGCGUUGGAAAUCAAAAGAAAAACUGAUCCAGAAAAUAGUACUCUCAUUAGUGGUAUUAAUAGUUGCAUCGCAAAAUCGUUUUUUAAGCAGAAUAAUUAUGAUAAAGCACUUGAACAUUAUUUACAGGCGUUAGAACUACUAAAAACAUCAGAAAACAAUAUAGAAAUUGCUAAAAUACAUGAAGUUAUGGGAGUAAUUUAUCAUCAGAAACAAAAUUCAGAAGUUUCAUUGAAGCAUCUAUUAAUCGCUCUAGAACUGUAUGAAAAGCUAAAAGCGACUGAAAAUGAUUCUCAAUUAGAAAACAUUUUUGGUAUUAUUGCCAAUGUUUAUUACGACAAACAUGAUUUUCAAAUGGCUUUAUUUUAUUACAAAAAAUGUUUAAUAAUUGCCGAUAAUAAUGAUAGUUCUAAUUUAGUAUCGACACUUUAUAAUAUUAGCCAAACUUAUUUCCAAAUGAAUAAUGUCAAAUAUGGUAUAGAAUAUAUACGACGAUGCAUAGAGGAGCAAGAGACACUUGCUGGCGAUGAAAAUGAUCAAGAUCUAAUGUCUUUCAAACAAAUUUUAUCGUUUACACAGUUAUUAUAUGAUGCUCGUAAGCGAAAACAUAGACCAAAAUACAAGAGAUUGUUCCAUAAAAGACGUUAUCUACGCUGUAAGAAGAAACAUUCUUUUGCGAUGGUUCCACCAGCACUUGCUCAUCUAAUAUCAGAGUUUUACGAACAAUCUGAAACAUUUUAG